AACAUCAUGAGGAUGAGUAGAACUGGAAAUGGUGUGCUUGGUAGGAUUGGAAAAAUUCAGUGAAAGUGAAAGUAUGAACAGAGAAUUUUCAGUGAACGCAAGUAUGCGCAGCAUACUUGCGCUGAUUUGCAAAUUCGUAUCAUGAGUAAGAUAAAGUUUGUUCGCCUGCACAGAUCCAAGUAUGAACAGAUGACCGGUCUUCAACGACUCAGGCAAGGGAGUGCUAUUCUUUGCUGUGACUCUGGCGGCUGAUACGAAUCUGCACACCCUUGCAUUUGCCCUAUCUUCCGGUCGCAGUUUGAAGACCAAGCAUUUCCGAAAGAAUGCCGUACUCGUACCAGCAUUAUCUGGAGGCAGCGCUCCAACUAACAGGAACUAGCAGGUUCCGUAGACGAACAUCGGUGUCAACAACCUCGUUUGCAGAUAACGAUGCUGCUACACCCGCCCAACCCGUAGGCCCCGAUGAUGACCCGCAGAACGAUCCUUCAAUAUCUCCCUACUCUGGCGCCGACGCACCAAUCUCUGGCCCGCCUGAGCGAGACGAGGGCAGCGCCAAUUUCUUCCAGCCUGCACCGACAGGGGACGAAGCAACAGCCGAGGAGCGACGGAACCGUGUUAGAAACAUGAGAGCUAUAAAACAAAAAGUCGAUGGGGCUGGCCAACUGAUGACGAAAGACGGGAUGAAACGGGCUGCGUACGAUAUGACCAGAAAAGGCAUGGAGCAGGCCAAGAAAGUGACUGCGGACAAGAUAGCUAACGGGUUUGCAACAGCACAGAGAGUAGUCGUCGACACUGCGACAACAUCGUAUAAGUAUGCAAAAGAUGAAGCAGAAACGCAAAUUGACCAAACGAAAAAACUCUUCAGCGGGAAAAUAAAGUUCGAGGCGCCGAAAGUGGAAGAUUUGGUAGUUUUAGCUUUCCGUUUUAAAUUUUUUUUGAUACCACAAUCUCAUCGUCAUCACACACACACAAACUCAUUGUCCGCCUAAUCGUCCUAAUUCAUCCCUCCGACAAAUCUAUAUCUAACCCCCCAAAAAACUUCUCCCAGGCCAGCAAAGAGGGUGCUGCCAAAGCUAUUGGUCAAUACGCAGCGAGUGCCUUGGCCGCCAAGGCUUUGUCGAGGGUUGAUGGGAAUAGUUACGACGCAAACUGGGCAGCUUCUUGGGAUUCCACUUUCGGAGGAACUACAGUCUCCACCGCAAGUCCAAAUUCCCUCUUCAUGCAUCACAAUCGGGAUGACGGUGAAUGGACGGAGAAUAACCCGGAUGCGACCAUGCCAGGGACGAAGGGGACCGAUAUUUCUACGCCAAUACGAAUCUCCAUCACAGCUGAAUCGCCGUAUCAGCCACAAGAUUUGCCUUUGGUAGCCAUUAAGAUGUUCCAGCCGAAGAGUGGGAAACCAACAGGGGUUCUGAAAAUCACAAGUCCAGAUGUACACACUUUUUUAGUACCGGAGAUGACUUUUUUGUAAUACACGGGACGACGGAGGCUCGUCGAAGGUGGUAAAAACCUCCGACGUGUUGAAGAAACCAGUCUCGAAGAGACCAUGGAUCGAAGCAAGACAUGUGAUUCCUUUUGUAAAGAUGGCACGACCCAGAACAAUGCCACCAAGCGAACGCGAUUGGCUCUGUGUUCGGAUUUUCGCGAUUACGAGAACAUCCCAC